AUGGCUAGAGUUGAUCAAAUAGCUGUUGGAAUCGAUCUGGGUACCACAUACUUCCUAGCUUGUAGCACUAGGCAAUUCCAUUGAGCUCUCUGUUCAAAGUUUUAGUGCUUAGUCAUUUAAAUGCCUUCUUAUUUCAUUGUCUUUCUGUACACAGAUGCUAAAAGGUUGAUUGGAAGGGGAUUCAUGGAUUCAACUGUGCAAAGUGACAUGAAGCUCUGGCCAUUCGAGGUAAUUAGUGAUGCUGAUAACAAACCCAAGAUAGUUGUGACUUACAAAGAAGUGGAGAAACAAUUUUCACCUGAGGAGCUGUCUGCAAUGGUUCUUAUUAAGAUGAAGGAAAUUGCAGAAGUUUACCUGGGAAGGAAUGUCAACAAUGCUGUUGUCACCGUCCCUGCACACUUCAAUGACUCACAGCAGCAGGCUACAAAAGAUGCAGCAACUAUAGCUGGCCUCAAUGUGUUGCAGGUACUUGUUGAGCCAACUGCUGCUGCUGUCGCUUAUGGCCUUGACAAAAAUCUUACUAGUUCAGUCGGGGAGAAAACUGUGCUUGUCUUUGAUCUUGGUGGUGGUACUUUUGAUGUUUCUGUUCUUAAAAUGAGAAAGGACAGUUUUGAAGUUAAGGCUACUGCAGGCAAUUCUCAUCUUGGAGGUGAGGACUUUGACAAUCGUUUGCUCAACCAUUUCGUUGAGGAAUUUGAAAGAAAGCACAAAAAGGACAUCCGUAGAAGUGCUAAAUCUUUAAGAAGAUUGAAAAAUGCUUGUGAAAAGGCAAAGAGAGUUCUCUCACAUAAUACUGUGACAACUAUUGAUGUGGAUUCUUUGUACGAGGGAAUUGAUUACUCUUCAAAAAUUAUGCGUGCCAGGUUUGAAGAAUUAAACAUGUUUCUGUUUCAAAGUUGUAUGGAUAUAGUGAAAAAGUGUCUAGAGGAUGCGAAGAUGGACAUCUGCAGUGUUCAUGAUGUUGUACUUGUAGGUGGAUCAACUAGAAUUCCGAAAGUGCAGGAGCUAUUGGAACAGUUUUUUAACGGGAAGAAACUAAGCAAGAACAUAAAUCCUGAUGAGGCUGUUGCCUAUGGUGCUGCUGUUCAAGCCGCCAUACUAAGUGGAGAGGGUAGUUGCAAGAUCAAGAAUUUGGUGCUGCUUGAUGUUACUCCUCUGUCUCUUGGGAUUGGAGACUCGAGAGGCCUGAUGUCAGUAAUUAUCCCAAAGAAAACAACUAUACCCAUCUCAAAGAAAAAACAAUUUUCUACACCGACUGAUGAUACGACGUGCAUUUUAAUCAACGUAUAUGAAGGUGAGAGAACAAAAGCGGGAGACAACAAUUUCCUUGGAGGGUUUGUAUUGUCUGACCUGCCUCGUGCACCAAGGGGCGAGGUUAAAAUUUGGGUUACCUUUACAAUUGAUGCUAAUGGAGUGUUACAUGUAUCUGCUGAGAAUAAGGCUACUGGACUGAUGAAUAGCAUUACAAUCGACAAAAGAGGAACACUUACGAAGGAGGAGAUUGAAAGAAUGGUAAAGGAUGCUGACCGGUACAAGGUUCAAGAUGAGGAGUUGAGGAGAAAGGUUGACAAAAUGCAAGAACUCAAGGAGUAUUUAUAUAAAACGAGGGACCUGGCUGAAAGAAAUCACAAACUUGAUGCUUAUGUUAAGACGAUGAUAAGUCGUUAUUUCAAGGAGGCUGUUAAAUGGCUAGACGCUAACAAGAAUGCUGAAGUUGACGAGUACGAGUACCAGAAGCAGCAGUUUAAAGCAGUCUGCAAUCGAUUCAAAGUUUCUGGUAGUUCAGUUUAA